GUGAGCGCUCAUGUGAUGACGGUUCAGCAGGAGGAGUCGAGAGAGCUAGACAUAGACACUGAGAGAGAGAGGGGGGGGCAGACAGGACUGGGAUCGUGGACACAGACGGAGCGGGAGUUUAUCGGGGGUUUCGGGGAGAUGCCGUCCCCACCGAGGAGAUGGAUCAGAGAGCAGCCUCUGAGCUCUGUAACCUCGUGUGUGAGGAAAGGGCUGUGCAGCAAGCGUCACUCUCUGUGGAUAUUACUCAUCCUGCUCGUGGUCUGUAUUGCCAUUCAGACAUUUGUCGCCCGCCAGGCCAGGAAUGACAAGCUGACAGGACUCCCACAUCUGAGAUUCACUGUCAAUAAACAGCACCUGUUUCCUACUCUGCAAAAUGUCUGGGAAGGCCUCCAUUCUGAGUCUUCACUGGCAGUUAAGCCAGACGUGAAGUCAAUACAGACAGAAAGAACUGGAGAUCGUCAUCAUCAGAAUGAGGGAUAUGGAAAGCCACCAGAUUAUAUUCUGUAUGUAGAUAAAAUUGUCAACCUUGCUACAGGCUCUCAGAUGGAGGCAAGAAAAGUUUCACCUGGAAAGCUACUUCUGCCAAAACAUGGAAACAAACUGAGCCUUAGACUUCCAGGGUCUUUGGUCCUCCACAGUACAAGGAAGGGUUUAACUGCAGGCACAGACAAAAGGCUCAUCAGCACUCCUUCUCCAUCCAGUUUUUUAAAGGGUCACAUCAACAGUGUCCAUACUAAAGCAACCUGCCACCCGAAGUCUCAUAUUGUUUUCCUCAAGACACACAAAACAGCAAGCAGCACCAUCUUAAACAUCCUGUAUCGCUAUGGUGAAAGCAGGAACUUGACCUUUGCCCUCCCUCUGAACAGACACAGCCAGUUGUUUUACCCAUUCUUCUUUGCUUCACAUUUUGUGGAAGGUGUCAGCAGCAGAAGUGUGAGGGAGUUCCACAUCAUGUGCAACCACAUGAGGUUUAAAAAAUCUGAGGUGGCAAAAGUGAUGCCUAAGGAUACCUUCUACUUUUCCAUCCUGAGGAAUCCUGUGGCCAUGAUGGAGUCCAUCUAUAUGUAUUACAAGAGCAUCCCAGCCUUCCACAAGACUCACAACCUGAACGAAUUCCUAGACAACAGCUGGAGAAACUACAACUCAUCAGUGUCCAACAACCAUUACGCUCACAAUAUCCUGGCUUUCGACUUUGGCUUUGACAACAACGUUGCAGCUGAUGCUGAAGACCUGGAGGAUAGAGCCAAUAUGGCUAUUGCUGCCACUGAACGGGACUUCCACCUUAUUCUUAUUUCUGAAUACUUUGAUGAGUCCAUGAUCUUACUUAAGUAUGCCCUCUGCUGGUCCCUGGAAGACGUGGUUUCCUUUAGGCUCAACAGUCGCAGUGAACAAACUCGACACCCCCUUUCACCAAACACUGCAGAGAAAAUCAAGAGGUGGAACGCUUUUGACUGGAAGAUCUAUCUGCACUUUAACACCACCUUCUGGCACAAAGUGGAUAGUCUGGUUGGGCAAGAGCAGAUGAAGAGGGAAGUAUCUCAGUUGAGAAAGCUACAAGCCAAGCUAGCAAACACCUGCCUGAAAGAUGGCGUGGCAGUCGACCCGUCCCAGAUAAAAGAUGCUGGGCUGAAGCCAUUCCAAUAUGGAGCAGCUGUCAUUCAGGGCUAUAACCUAAACCCACAUAUAGACAGACAAACCAGAACAAAAUGUCAGAGACUUAUAACUCCAGAACUGCAGUACACAGACCGUCUGUACACCCAGCAGUUCCCCGAGCUAGCUGCUAAGCACAGACAAGCAACUAGGAUUGCUCCACAGCGUCAACACUCAGACAGAACCAGUAUGAUGGGAAUGAAUCACAGACAGAUUACAAGAUACAAAUUCUCAAAUCUCAAGAACCAAAAGGCCUCCAGAAGUGCUCUGUUAACACACACGGAAGCUAACAACAAAACAAAUAUGCUAUGAGCGGUAACUGUGACUAAUAGUCACGGGAAGAUGUUUUAGUUCAUACUCUAUAUAAAACAGCAAUAUGAAAACAGCUGUUCCCUCUAAUGUUCACUUUCUAUAAUUAUGAAAACUAAAGUGUAAAGCAGCUAGUGACCCCUAAAGAGAAAGUAGUGUCCAUUAUAACCUACAAAAUGAAGGUGUAAAGAUGGAACAAACAACAUAUUGUUUUGCUGUUCUCAUAGCCUUACCAGUAGUAAGGUAGUAGUAGUAAAAAUAUAAAGGUUUUCCUAAAGGUGUCACAGUGUCCUAAAUUGAAAGGGUUCAUCCUGUGAAUAACAUGAAUUUACCAAGUUUUGUGGCUGUCAGACAAAGAUAUCUCUUCCGUGGAAAGUGGAAAAUUUGGCCUGAUGGUGGCAUCAAACAAAUUGCAAGUUGAAUUUUUUGAUUAUGAAUAUAUCUAGAAAAUUAAAGCGUUUUCUGAUCUGGCGGUCCUAUCAUCAGGAUGACAUUGUUUAUUCGCGCCUUCCAAAAGAGGUAUGUGCGUUACAAAAAUGAUUCAAAAUUCUGAUUUACCACCUCCAUUGUUAAGGUUUGAAAACUAAUCUACAUGGUUAACACUAGGGAACAACAGUGAUCAUGGUUAAAAGAAACAAAAACUGACUGGCGGUAGUAAAUGGGAUGCGAGCACUGGUCUCUAAUGUCAAAGUAAGACACUUUGUACUCCCAACCAUCCACUCCGACCUCCUCCGGCACUAUAACAAUCACACUACUUCCACCAUUGCUUCUCAGAGACAACAUUGUCAUUGUCCACUCAAAGUUGCUCGACAAGAAGACAUAAACAAACAUUGUUUUAAGCGUUUGACCACAUGACUAUUGCUGCUGUUUUUCUGGAGGACAGUCUCUCGUCAUGAUGCCCAAUUUUAUAGAAACCUGACCAUUAAAAAAACACAGUUUUUUUAAUGUACCUUGUCAUGAGCCAAAAGUGUGUCAAGGAGAAAGCAUUGUCAUGUCAUAUUCAACACCAAGUUGCUAGUUUAUUAGGCACACUCUGUUACAUCCAAUGCAUCAUCAAUAAAUUCCACAUUUAUGAGGCUUAUCAUAUUCAGUUUUUGUUGAUACAGUCAGAGAGGUGUUGAUUCAACUCUCAUGGUUAAGGUUAGGGUAAAGAUCAUUAUAGUUGCUUUAGUUUGUAUUGCAUUAUACUGAAAGAUCUUUCAAUUGACACAAGCCUUUGUAUUAGUACGAUCUCAUGUCUGUGUGUUAAGUCCUGAGCUGGAGUCAGGAUGUGGGUAGCCAAGCUUGGCAUAAAGACUAGAAGGAGCGGGACAGGAGAACAAUCUUCUUUUCUUUUAUCAGAGAGAGACAGAGUUGUGUGCUCAUUCAUAGAAUACCAAAUGAUAACUGCAUUUAAUUUAUGUUUUGAGAGUCUUACUUUAAUUAUGUAAUGAAAAUAAAGCAAUAUUUGGUCAAAACAACACAUAUGAAUGAUGUUCAAGAAAGGACAUUAAAUGAUUUAUGAAGACCUUGAUCACUUAUGUAAAAAUAUAUAUUUCUAUUUUAUUAUCAGUUUGCUGAAUAUUGGACUGUAAUGAUAAUAAGCACAGAUUAGAGUUGCUGUAGGUUGAGUAUGCUGAAAGCUCUCAGUACCUGCCUUUUGUACAGGUCCUGAUGGCAGCCCAAAGUCCACAUUUCAAGACCUGCAGCCUGUUUUAUUAACAAAGAGUAUGUAAUGUAUGCUGCAUGGAUCAGGGAGUAGAGCGGUUGUCUAAUAAUCGGAAGGAUUCCUGGUUCAAUCCUCAGCUUCUCCAGAGAGUGUCAUACGUCCUUGAGCAAGACACUGAACCCUGAUGAGCAGGUUGGCAACUUGUGUGUCAGUGUAUGAAUGGGUGAAUGUUGGCAUGUGUUGUUUGAGUGGUUGGUAGACUAGAAAAGUGCUAUAUAAAUGCAGUCCAUUUACCAUCAUGUGUGAACUAGUUAACAUAUGAUACACGUUUGUCCAUAACCUUAUUAUUUAGAAAUUCAAUGAGAUACUUUAAUGUUCUUUACUAAGAUGAAAACAUAAAUAUGGUCAUAAAUAGUAACCACAUCAACAAAAUCUCUGGAAAAAAAUCUUAGCGUCAAAGAUUAUGCAACUCAUUUUUACAACUAAAUGGUAAACAAAUUCUGCUAGAAGCAACCAAGUGGUGUCAGCAACAUUUCCCAUCUCAAGUGAUUAAAAUCUCCCUCAUGCUGUUGUAUUCCAAACAAUUUGUAUUUACCAGUCGUCAGAAUGUUGAACUUAAAACCAGUAGUAUAAAUUCUGGUAUCAUGAAACAUGUUCAAGUUCACCACAUUGUUUGUGCAACUUCCUGAUGGUAAACCCAGAUAUAUAUAUUUUUUUCCUUAAAGGCUCAGAAGGAGCACCUGAAUGCACCAUUACUUCGGUCUCUGUGAGACUAGUAGCACAAUCUGGUGAUGAAUCCUCUGUAGAUAUUGUGGAGGAGAAUCAGGUUCAGUCUACCAGCUUUCAGUCCUCUGAAGGAUGCAUCCUCAUAGGCUGAGACCUUCCAAGAAGGCAGAGCCUGAUGUGGGACAGAGCUACACAUAGUGAACUGAUUCAUGAAGAAUGAACAUUGAAUAUUUUUAUGGUCUAUUCAUUGGUAGUCUUUAUUUGAUUUCACUUGUUGGUUUGUUUCUACCUGUGCAGAAUAAAUGACUGAACCAGAA